AUGAAGGCAGUAGUGCUCCGUGGGGACUUUGACGUCGUGGUUGAGGAUCGUCCGAAGCCGAACAUAACAGCGCAGACAGACGUGAUCGUGAAGGUGAUCACUUCGGGACUAUGCGGCUCUGACUUGCAUAUGUACCGCGGACACCAGAAAACGGGCGUUGGCCAAAUCAUGGGACAUGAGUUCGUAGGUACUGUUGAAUCAGUUGGCCACAAGAUCACCAAGUUUAAGCCCGGCGACAAGGUGGUUUCCGUUUUCGCGACUAUCUGCCAGGAAUGUUGGUUCUGCCGCCAGGGCCUGGAAAGCCGCUGUGAGACCACACUAGCUUUCGGCAGUCCCGCACUCGACGGUGGGCAGGCUGAAUACGUGAGAGUCCCUCACGGCGAUGGGACCCUACAACACGCACCUGCCCAUCUAGAUGACUCCCUCCUCAUCAUGAUGAGCGAUAUCUUUCCGACCGGAUACUACGGUGCUAUGCGAGCCAUAGGUUUCUUGCAACGACCGUUGCUCCCCCCCGCAGACGGAAGCGGUAUAGGGUUUGGUACACAGAAGCUUAGCGAAGCCGUCUUCGUCGUCCUAGGAUGCGGCCCAGUAGGUCUCUGUGCUCUUCUGACGGCGAAAACAAAAGGUGUCAAGACCGUCUACGCCGUGGAUUCUGUGGAUCAGCGUCUAGAGCAAGCUCGAUUGUUCGGCGGCAUUCCCUUGAAAUUCGGCGUCGACGAUGUUCCGCAGAUUAUCAAGCAGGCUACUGAUGGUCGCGGGGCCGAUGGCAUUGUUGAGGUCGUGGGCAACAAGGCUGCUUUGCGAUCUGCUUUCUAUCUAGUUAGAAAAUGCGGCGUCUUGUCCUCGAUCGGCUUCCACCAUGGGGAUCUACCCUUCACCGCUACCGAGGUGUACGCGAAGAAUCUCACUGUAAACUUCGGUCGUGCCGCUAGCUCAAAGGUCUUCGACGAGGCUUUGGCUUGCCUCGAGGCCAAUAAAGAUAAGGUCUCUACCAUUGUGUCUCAUACCUUGCCUUUGACAGAUGCCCAGCAUGGCUAUGAGAUAUUCGAGAAACAUGAGGCUCAAAAGGUCUUGUUCAAGAGCUGA